AGACGCUAUGUGUGAAUCGGCCGUGAGGUCUCGCCACCGCUCGUUAGCUCGUUGGCCCAUAUGCUCGUCCCGUCCGUCUGCUCCGACUCCGACUCCAACAUGGUGGCGGCCGUAGUCCGGGGAGUGUUGAUGUGAGAGGUGCCCUCGCUGACGAUACAACGACGUCUCGCGCGGCGACGACGACGAAAACAAGAGGUGAACGACGACCCGUGCGAGAAGUAUGUCCGCUGAUUCCGAGUGUGGCGACAGCCAGAAGUAAAAGGGGAGGUAACGUCGAACCUGUGCCCGUGACAAUCGGCGAAGUGACGAACCAGCGCACACGAGGAGAUCUCCGUGGAAUUUACCGUUGCCCGUCACGGAUAAUGUUAUUGAUCGAUAUUUCGAUGACUCGCGCGACAAUGAUUACAACGACGACGAGCGAACGACAAACGCACGGCGACGUCGCGCGAAUCACCGGCGUCGUUCUAUUAAUGAGGCAUGUACUCCUGCUGUUGAGUCUCCUCACGAUCCUCCAGUUAAUGCCAUCGGCCAUCGCGGGUGAAUCCUUGGGUGAUCCGUAUAAGAUAUUAGGCGUGUCGAGACAUGCGACGAUGCAGGAUAUCCGGAAGGCAUAUAAGCAUCUCGUCAAGGAAUGGCAUCCAGAUAAAACUGAUCAUCCAAUGGCCGAAGAUAAAUUUGUAGAAAUAACAAAAGCUUACGAACUUUUAACAGAUCCAGAGAGAAGGAGAAAGUUUGAUAAUCAUGGAAUUACAGAGGAAGGUAUCCCUAGGCAAAGGAGAGAUAAUAGUCAUUUUAAUGUUCUUGAUCCGAUGGAAGAAUUGUUUACCGGUAAUUUUAAAUUCCAUUAUCAGAGCAGAGACAUCACGCUGUUCCACAAAAUGAGCAUCACAUAUCGAUCAUUCGAGAAUGUGAUAGUACCUAAGACUUACCGUAUGCCAUAUUUAAUAUUAUUUUACUCCGAUUGGUGCUUGAUGUGUCUACAAGCGGAACCAACUUGGAGACGACUGAUCGAUGAAUUAGAACCUCUGGGACUUGGCUUGGCUACAGCGCACGCCAACAAGGAGUCCACUUUGGCGAGAAGACUCGGCAUUCAUUCUCUUCCGUGUCUUGUUGUUAUCGUAGACGGGCGUACCAGUGUCUACAAAGAAUCUCUGUUUAGCAUUCAGAAAGUUGUUGAAUUUGUACGAAGUAGGCUACCGUAUAAAUUAAUAAGUACUAUUAGUAAUACGAACGUAGACAAUUUCCUAUCAGGCUGGACGGAUAAUCGAAUACGCGCUUUGAUAUUCGAGAAGAAAGACUUUAUUCGCUUGCGAUAUUUGCUUACGUCUUUUUACUAUAGAGAUCGAGUAGCUUUCGGCUUCGUCCAGAUCGGCAUACCGGAGACCGAGAACAUAACGUCAAAAUAUAAGAUCUCAGGAGAACUAGAUACUUUAUUGCUCUUCAAUGAGAAUUCAGAAAAGCCUAUGGCGUCUGUUAGUAUGAAAGACAUUUCUAGCGAAACCAUGCAUAACAUUAUCUCUAAUAAUAAGUUCCUCGUAUUACCGAGACUUUCAAAUCAAGCUAUGUUGGACUCUAUAUGCCCACCUGAAUGGCUGAGACCACAAAAGCGACUAUGCGCCGUUUUAAUAUCACAACAAAAUAGUCCUCUACACGAUGUGGCUAGGCACAAAUUUAGACAAGCGGCAUUGGAAUCUUCUUAUAGCACGGAACGUGUCAGAUACGCAUAUGUAUUCAAAGAUACACAAUCUGAAUUUGUAUCAGCGCUGUCAGCCGGUGAAGGCAGUCCACUGGAACCUUUAUUACAUAUCGUCAUUAUAUGGAGACGAGAUGCCAAUCAUUUGAAGUAUGAGUGGCUUCCUCAUGGAUGGGUCGAGGCCAUUCAGGAUGAUCGUAUUUGGAAUGAGACGCGUAGACAUUUAGAGAAAACUAUACAAAGGCUGUUACGUUCCACUGAAGCUUUACCAUACGCUGCUGUCGUAGGCGAAUUGGCAGAUGAACACGCACAGGGUACUGUAGACAGAUUGAUAGGAAGGGCAUUAUUAGCAGUAGAUUAUAUAUCUGAUAAUCUGACGAAAGAGCAAAUUUUACCUUUGAUAUCAGUACUAGUGACUCUCAUGCUAAUAGGAGCUGCAGGAUAUGGAAUGUCAUACCUCGUUAAAUUAGAAGAAGCAAGUGUCCAGGCUGACCGUGUCCAAUGCAAAGACAAUGCCAAAUCGCUUCCAUCGCAGCCGCAGUUACGAUUGCACGAAUUACGUGCGGAGAAAUACAAUGGAUUAGUUCGGCUUUUGAAACCAGGAUGCCGAACCAUCAUUCUUCUGGUUGAUGCUCAAAGCCGAUUAAAGUUAUUACCAGCUUUUCAUAAAGCUGUGUGGCCUUAUAGAAAAAAUAAAACGCUUAUGUUCGCACAUAUGUCAUUAGAAAGAGGUCUUGAUUGGUAUAAGAAAUUAUUAUCUCUCACUUUACCCGAGCAGAAAGAAUUAAACAUAAAUGCCAAGAAUUGCGUCGGCACGGUUUUGUCUUUAAACGGACAUCGAAAGUAUUUCUGCAUGUAUCAUGCCAAACAUCCAGAAUGUAUCAAGGGUAAAGGUUCUAAGCGUAUGGAAAAGAUGACCAAGCAACUUGCGCAAAGACCGGAAGAUCCGGAGGCAGGAGCUUUCAUCGGUUUCGACAGUUCCAAUGAAUCCGAUCUAUCCCAAGACGAGGGUGGAAGCAACAUUUUAUAUCAAGAUAAUCUUUUAGAUGGAUUACCAAUGUGGCUCGACAGAUUAUUCGAAGGUUUAACGCAUCGUUAUUAUAUAAAUUAUUGGCCCGAAUUCACUGCCAAAUAAAAGGAAAAGGAGGAAUUUCCUUUUUUUCUAGAUGCGUAAAGGAGACUGUGCCGCCUAGGGACAUAUAUUUUGAAAUUUAUUUAUUUUCCUAACAGAAAUCUUAAAUUUGGCAACUCCGUGAUAUUGCUUCGAUUGUUAUUUAUUUACAAUUCAAUCAAAUACGUGUCCUGCACAGUCGUUUAAUUUUAUAAAAAGAAUCAUUGUCGAGGUAUUACUUUUGUUGUAAUGCAGACCGAAAAAACGAUUAUAUUGGAUUAAUUAAAUACGAGGCAGCAAUAAGGGAUAUUAUGCUUAAAAAACAUGAUAUAUUUAGCGCUGCCGCAGUCUAUCAAAUUAAUACAGAACGUUUAUUUCAAUUAACAUUAGUAUUGCAUAACAACUGGCUGAUAAACAAA